UUGCUUAAAAAAAUACCUAAAAAUAGUAGCUAGUUAGGUAGUAGUAUAGGCGGAACCUGCAAUCAAUCUACUGGUCAUUUAUACCCCUCCUUCUCUCUCUUUUUACAGCUUAUGUUUUUGCUAGGGUUUCUGUGAUUGAACCUGUAUUUGCUUUCUUGAGAGAUGAGAUAAUAGAGAUUCUAUUGUUUGCUUCGAAAUAUUUGUCAGAUCUUCCCUUCAUAGAGUUGAUAUCAGAAUGGUGAGAGGAAAAACUCAACUGAAGCUAAUCGAAAAUGAGUCCUAUAGACAAGUAACUUUCUCAAAGAGAAGAAAUGGGUUGCUUAAAAAGGCUUUUGAACUUUCAGUUCUUUGUGAUGCUGAAGUGGCACUCAUCAUCUUCUCUACCACAGGGAAACUCCAUGAGUUCUCCAGUUCAAGUAUAAACAAAACAGUGGAACGGUAUCAACGGAAAGUCAAGGAUUUGGCUCUCAGCACCAAAGGAAUCCAAGAAAAUACACAGAACCUAAAGGAAUGUGAUAUUAACACAACAAUGAAGUUGGAGCAACUAGAACUUUAUAAAAGGAAGCUGUUGGGAGAUGAAUUGGAUAGAUGUGGUAUUGAAGAAUUACAAAAGAUUGAAAAUCAACUAGAAUACAGCUUAAGCAAAAUUAGGGCAAGAAAGAAUCAACUGUUGCUGGAACAAAUUGAAAAGCUAAAAAAACAGGAAUGGUGCCUACUUGAAAAAAAUAGACGCUUACGUGAGCAAGUACACGCCCUCACUAACACUUGUGGAAUUGAACAACAAGAUAUAGAAGUCUUAGCGCAAAGUGAGCUCAAUGAGGAAGUGGAGACGGAAUUGUUCAUAGGACGACCUGAGAAACGAAUGAAUUGUGAGCAGAAAUAGCGACAUAAAUCUAAUAUACUCGGGAGGAAGCAGAAUCUAACAUUAGAAGUUAGUAAUAAUGUCCAAUAAUUUUUAGUCAAAUAAUUUCCAUUACGGACAUAUUCUAAAGGUAUUUUUCUAGAUAUUCAGACUCAUAUUAUAUCAAUUUUGAAUUGGUGAAUUUCUAAAAUUUAUAUUUAGAAAGAUAUAAUAAUAGAAUUGUUAGAUAUAUUUUUAACAUUCACAUUGUUAUAAUACACAUUGUUGAGCGGUGUAGUAGUUGACAGCUUCGUCUCAAUUUCUGUUACUAUGUGUUCAAAUCCAACUGUUUAAGCAAUUUUGAUUUUAUUACUAAUUGACACUACUACUGAUUAGGGGUGGCAAUAAAAUCCAUUAAGGGAUUAUCCAUCCAAUCCAUCCAUUAAUUAAUCCAUCCAAUCCAUCCACCAAACAAAAAAUUAGCUAAUGGAUUGGAUAUAAUCCAUCCAUUUUACUAUAUGGAUGGAUCCAAUCCAUCCAUCUCAUUUUAUAAAUCCAAUGGAUUGUAUCUUAUUAUA